GAACUGUGUGCAUGCGCAGUCUCAGUGAGUCCCAGAGUCAGACUCAGGGCCUCAUCCAGUUCCUGUUUGUGAUGGUCUUCAGAUCCAGGUGUCCAGGACAGGAAGAGGAUAUUAAAAGAGGAGGAUUUGCAGGCAGAAAUCUCAAGCCAAACGUCAAGAUCCGAUUGAGGCACUUGCUACUUUGGGACCUAAAUAUGAUUGGCCUUUGAAUUAAGAACUUAAAAAUGUUUGCCUGUUCUAACUGCUUCACAAAAGAUUUCAAACACUGAGGUGACUUGGAAAAUACUGGGACACACACUGGAUUGAGAGUGUUCCAGUUAUUUUUUUGACUGUGGAAGGAAUUUUGACCAGUUAAUCGGUCUGAAAAAUACAUCGCCCCAUUCACGGUGGUGAGAGACCGCACACAUGUUCUGUGUGGAGCAAGGCUUCAUCACUGAAGCUGGAGAGACUCAGGAUGGAGAAAUUAUGGAAUUGUGGGGACUGUGGGAAGGAAUUCAGAUUCCCAUCUAAGCUGGAAAUUCACCGACGCAUUCACACCGGAGAGAGGCCAUUCACCUGCUCGGAAUGUGGGAAGAAAUUCACUCGGUCAUACAAUUUGCUGACGCACCAGCGAGUUCACACUGGCGAGAGGCCGUUCACGUGCUCUGUGUGUGGGAAGGGAUUCAGUCAGUCAUCCAGUCUGCUGUCACAUCAGUUCAUUCACACCAACGAGAGACCUUUUAAAUGCACUGACUGUGGGGGUGGCUUCAAAAACUCUCAGGAAUUGAUGGUGCACCAGAGGAUUCACACCGAGGAGAGACCAUUCAGCUGUUCUCACUGCGCGAAGAGCUUCAGAAUGUCAUCCAGCCUGCGGAGACAUCAGCGAGUUCACACCGGAGAGAGGCCGUUCACCUGCUCCGAAUGUGCGAAGGGGUUCACCCAAGCUUCACACCUGCUGAGACACCAGCGUGUUCACACUGGGGAGAAGCCUUUCACCUGCUCUGAUUGCGGGAAGGGAUUCACUGAUUCAUCAACGCUGCUGACACACCAGCUCGUUCACACGGGGGAGAGGCCAUUUACCUGCUCUAGAUGCGGGAAAGGGUUCUGUCACUCGUCCACCCUGCUGAGACACCAGCGUGUUCACACCGGGGAGAGGCCAUUCAACUGUACCGAGUGUGGGAAGGGAUUCAGUGACUCCUCGGGCUUGCUGACACACCAGCGGGUUCACACCGGAGAGAGGCCGUUCAUCUGCUCCGCGUGUGGGAAGCGAUUCACUCAGUCCUCCACUCUGCUGAGACACCAGCGAGUUCACAAGUGAUAACAACAAUUGGAUUGGGCUGCUAUUGUUGAUGUGAAUCACAUCCAGGACUGAACCGUGUUCAUUCUGACAGUGAGGGAAGUGGGAGGGGUGAAGAAGGGUUCCUUUCUGCUGGACUGGUCACUCUCACCGACUUUGCUUUCGGAGUUGGGAGUUGGGGGGUGGGGGCUGAUAUUUUUUGAGCCUGGGACUCCAUAUUCCCACUGAAAUGAUGCACAAAAACACAUGAAGCAAAUCCUGGCCCAGUUUGAUCCUGGACUGAAAAUAGUGUUUUCUUCCAACCAUUACAGGUAGAUAUAAAAUAGAUACAUUUGUCUCUGUUCCAUUGAGUCUACAGCACAGGGCAGUGUAUUCCAGCUGUUCAUCACAACCACUCAUCGUGGGAGUGAGUCCCACAUUCUCACCACUCGCUGGGUAAAGAGGUUUCUCCUGAAAUCCCUAUUCAUCACCUUACAGAAUUUCAUCAGGUCACCCUUCAGUCUUCUCUUUUCUAGAGCAAAGCUUCGCAGCCUUUCCUGAGGUUGAAAUGCUCUCAGCCCUGGUCUUAUCCUUGUGAAUCCGUGUAGGGCCUUCUCCAGUGCCUUUAUUUGCUUCUUCUAAGUGGAGGUUGUUAAUGUUAGUAGAUGUGAUAGCUAGUUUGGACCUCUCUUCCACAAAUGUAUCAGUUGUUCAUUAUAAAUCUGAGACAGAUUUUUGUUAAGCAAAUUUAUGAAAGGGUACAGACCAAAGGCAGGUAUAUGGAGUUCGACUGCAGAUCAGCCAUGAUUUCAUAGAACAGUAAGUAAGUACGGGAGUAACCAAGAAAAUUAAUGAGGCCAGAGCAGUAGAUUUUGGUUACUUGGACUUUAGUAAAGCCUUUGAUUAGGUUCCACGUGGUAGACUAAUUAGUAAAGUCAUUUUGCAUGGGAUUCAGGGUGAGCU